AUGUCUUCCAGUCUGAAAAACGAGCUCUCUUCUUCCGAGUUUGAAGUCGAGGCUCAAUCUCUCCAGCUGCAGGCCCAGCGUCAGUCCAACACUCGCCUGAUCAACGUCGUCCACGCCGGACGGAUUGCUCUCACUGUCCUGGCCCUGGCGGCUGGCAUCACCGUCUUGGGUGUUUCGGCCAACAGCCUGAUGGUCUACCACCAGACGUAUCUCCCGUCUGACUUCUAUCUUCCUCUAUGGCCCUCUCAGUUUGAUCUGCGCCCUACUGCGGCGUUGGUUGCUGGCGGAGUCGUUGUUACUGUGACCAAUAUUGUGUCCCUCCUCUUUAGUAAGAUCCAAGCUCUACGAAGCCUUACUGGCCCUCACGCCAUCGCCAGCCUCGCCGCUCCCGCCGCAGCCUUCAUUGCCUCCAUCGUUGCCAUGUCUCUCUUUUACGCCGCCAAUGCUUCUUCCACGGUGGACAACCUCCAGAGCUGGACAUGCCGCUGGAACGAUGUACCCAUGACCAUGCAGCCGCACUUUGGCACUCUCUGCAAGCAAAACCAGGCUGGCGUGGUGCUUUCUGUGCUGCUUGUUCCCCUGGAGGCGGCCAUUCUUGCUGUUGCGGGCUACCAAGCUGUUUUGGAACGACAGGCUACCAAAGCGUAA